UGAAUGGGCAGAAUAUCGAGAUGAUGAUCAAGGAAAGGCUAAAUUUGUGCGAGAAAAGAUUUUAGAUGAAGGUUGGUGGGAGAAGGUUGAUUACAUAUUGCAGUUCACUGGGCCUAUGUAUGAUAUGAUUAGAAUUUGUGAUACUGACAAACCAUGCCUCCAUUUGGUUUACGAGAUGUGGGACUCAAUGAUGAAAAGGUGAGAAUGACUAUCUUUGCGCAUGAAGGAAAAACAUAUGGUGAAUAUUCUCCCUUUUACUAUGUUGUUCAUCGCAUUCUAGUUGAGUGAACGUUGGACGAAGAACAACACCCCGCUUCAUUGCUUAGCUCAUUCCUUAAAUCCGCGGUAUUAUAGCGAUCAAUGGAUCCAGGAAGGAGUUGGGAGAUCGUCUCCACAUAUGGAUAAUGAACUUUCAUUAGAGAGAAAUAAGUGUUUUAGGCGAAUUUUUCCUUCUGAAGAGCGUGUUAAGGCUAUUGAUGAAUAUGCUAAUUUCUCUUUGAAGAUUGGUCCGUUUAGCGACCCGGAUUGUAUUGCUGCUAUGUGUGAUACGGAUCCUAGAAAGUGGUGGGCAGUGUAUGGAUCAGGUGCACAAUUACUUCAAAAAUUGGCAUUUAAAGUGCUUGGACAACCUAGCUCUUCAUCCUGUUGUGAACGAAAUUGGAGUACUUAUUCCUUUAUCCAUUCAUUAAGACGGAACAAAUUAAAUCCGAAGUGUGCAGAAGAUUUGGUGUUCAUUCACAAUAAUCUACGCUUACUUUCAAGAAAUUCUGCCCAGUAUGAAGAUGAGAACACUAAGAUGUGGGAUGUUGGUGGGGAUCAAUUUGCAAGCUUGGAAGAUGUUGGUGUUCUUGAGUUUGCAAAUCUAUCACUCGAUGAACCUGAUCUUGAACAUGUCUUUUUUAAUGAAGAUGUUGAUCCCGUGGAAGAUGCCUCCACUACAAUUUAAUUUGUUUUUAUGGAUUUUGUGUUUAAUGUUUUGUUAUGGACUAAGAUUUCAAUACUUUUGAUGACUAAGAUUUCAAUAAUUUUAGACUUCCUUAUGG